GACAGUGGGCCCAGGGCUGCUGCUGAAACUAAGGUUUUUUUUUCUCCGAGUCAUCUCGCCUCCUCUCGCGGUCUCGCCCUCCAAACGCCGCCGCCGCCGCCGCCGCCGCCGCUCUCUUCGGUCUCUCUUCCCUUCUCUCCGGGAGAUCAGUUGCUGUUGUGGUGUUUUCUUCAUCUACCGUCAUCAUGCAGAACGAGGAGGGUCAGAUGGUGGACCUCUACGUCCCCAGGAAGUGCUCGACCACCAACAGGAUCAUCACCGCCAAGGACCAUGCCUCGGUCCAGAUCAACAUUGGGCAUGUGGAUGAGAAUGGGCUGUACGAUGGCCGCUUCACCACGUUUGCUCUCUCUGGGUUCAUCCGUGCUCAGGGAGACGCCGACAGUGCUCUGGAUAGGCUGUGGCAGAAGAGGAAGGCUGAGGUCAAGCAGCAGUAGAUGUUGCUACUAGUUUUACCUGUAAGAACUCGUUUCGAUUUCAUGUCUCUAGCUACUUGAUACAAUGCCUGUUAUUUCAGCUGGUACUCUGAAAGCUUUAAGGCUUGACUUUCCUGGGGUAAAUCCUGAUAAUGUGCCAUCCGAGUUGAAGCUUUUUAUCACAAAAUCUGUUUCUUGAUGCA